CGCUUCCGGGCCCGGUCGCCAUUUCCAGCGGUUGCAGGUUCUCACGAGUUUUGGCCUGCUGGGACAAUGAGCUAUGACUACCAGCAGAACUGGGGCCGCGAUAGCGGGCCCCGCAGCUCCGGCGGGGGUUAUGGAGGAAGCUAUGGAGGGGGCCACGGAGGGAAUCGAGGCUCUGGAGGUGGUGGCGGCGGCGGCGGCGGCGGCGGCGGCGGCGGAGGAGGGGGUGGUCGAGGCGGCCGAGGCCGACAUCCUGGGCACCUGAAAGGCCGCGAAAUCGGCUUGUGGUACGCGAAGAAACAAGGCCAGAAGAACAAGGAAGCGGAGAGGCAGGAGAGAGCUGUGGUACAUAUGGAUGAACGUCGAGAAGAACAAAUUGUGCAGCUGCUACAUUCUGUGCAAGCUAAGAAUGAUAAAGAUUCGGAAGCACAAAUAUCCUGGUUUGCUCCUGAAGAUCACGGAUAUGGGACUGAAGCUCCUGCUGAGAACAAACCAAACUCAGUAAAGAAAGUUGAGGAUCAGGAAAAAAAAUUGAUAAAUCAAGAAAAGAGGCCAUUUAGAAUCAGGGACAAAUAUAUUGACCGCGAUUCUGAAUAUCUCUUGCAAGAAAAUGAACCAGAUGUAACUUUAGACCAACAAUUAUUGGAAGAUUUACAAAAGAAAAAAACUGACCUUCGGUAUAUUGAAAUGCAGCAUUUCAGGGAAAAGCUGCCUUCAUAUGGAAUGCAAAAGGAAUUGGUAAAUAUGAUCGAUAACCAUCAGGUAACAGUAGUAAGUGGUGAAACUGGUUGUGGAAAAACCACUCAAGUUACUCAGUUCAUUUUGGAUAACUACAUUGAAAGAGGAAAAGGAUCUGCAUGCAGGAUAGUUUGUACUCAGCCAAGAAGAAUUAGUGCCAUUUCAGUUGCAGAGAGAGUGGCUGCAGAAAGGGCAGAAUCUUGUGGCAAUGGUAAUAGUACCGGAUACCAAAUUCGUCUCCAGAGUCGGUUGCCAAGGAAACAGGGUUCUAUCUUAUAUUGUACGACAGGAAUUAUCCUUCAGUGGCUUCAGUCAGACCAGCAUUUGUCCAGUGUUAGUCAUAUCGUGCUUGAUGAAAUCCAUGAGAGAAAUCUACAGUCAGAUGUUUUAAUGACUGUUGUUAAAGAUCUUCUCAAUUAUCGACCUGACCUGAAAAUAGUUUUGAUGAGUGCAACAUUGAAUGCUGAGAAAUUUUCAGAAUAUUUUGGUAACUGUCCAAUGAUACAUAUACCUGGUUUUACUUUUCCGGUUGUGGAGUAUCUUUUGGAAGAUAUAAUUGAAAAAAUAAGAUAUGUUCCAGAACAAAAAGAACACCGAUCCCAGUUUAAGAGGGGUUUCAUGCAAGGGCAUGUAAAUAGACAAGAAAAAGAAGAAAAAGAAGCAAUCUAUAAAGAACGCUGGCCAGGUUAUGUAAGGGAAUUGAGAAAAAAGUAUUCUCCAAGCACUAUAGAUGUUAUAGGAAUGAUGGAUGAUGAUAAAGUUGAUCUGAAUUUGAUUGCUGCCCUUAUUCGAUACAUUGUUUUGGAAGAAGAGGAUGGUGCAAUAUUGGUCUUCCUACCAGGUUGGGACAAUAUCAGCACUUUACAUGACCUCUUGAUGUCACAAGUGAUGUUUAAAUCAGACAGGUUUCUUAUUAUACCUUUACAUUCACUGAUGCCUACAGUUAACCAGACACAGGUAUUUAAAAGAACCCCUCCUGGUGUUCGGAAAAUAGUAAUUGCUACCAACAUUGCAGAGACUAGCAUUACCAUAGAUGAUGUAGUUUAUGUAAUAGAUGGAGGAAAAAUAAAGGAGACACACUUUGACACACAGAACAACAUCAGUACAAUGUCAGCCGAGUGGGUUAGUAAAGCUAAUGCUAAACAAAGGAAAGGUCGAGCUGGAAGAGUUCAACCUGGUCAUUGCUAUCAUCUGUAUAAUGGUCUUAGAGCAAGCCUUCUAGAUGACUAUCAACUGCCAGAAAUUUUGAGAACGCCUUUGGAAGAACUUUGUUUACAAAUAAAGAUUUUAAGGCUAGGUGGAAUUGCUUACUUUCUGAGUAGGCUAAUGGAUCCACCAUCGAAUGAAGCAGUGUUACUUUCCAUAAAGCACCUGAUGGAACUGAACGCUUUGGAUAAACAAGAAGAAUUGACACCUCUUGGAGUCCACUUAGCACGAUUACCAGUUGAGCCACACAUUGGAAAAAUGAUUCUUUUUGGAGCUCUGUUCUGUUGCCUCGACCCGGUGCUCACCAUUGCUGCUAGUCUUAGCUUCAGAGAUCCCUUUGUGAUUCCAUUGGGAAAAGAAAAGGUCGCAGAUGCAAGAAGAAAGGAAUUGGCAAAGGAUACUAAAAGUGAUCACCUGACAGUUGUGAAUGCAUUUGAGGGCUGGGAAGAAGCUAGACAACGUGGUUUCAGAUAUGAAAAAGACUAUUGCUGGGAAUAUUUUCUGUCUUCAAACACACUGCAGAUGCUGCAUAACAUGAAAGGGCAGUUUGCUGAGCAUCUUCUUGGAGCUGGAUUUGUAAGCAGUAGAAAUCCUAAAGAUCCAAAAUCUAAUAUAAAUUCAGAUAAUGAGAAGAUAAUUAAAGCUGUCAUCUGUGCUGGUUUAUAUCCCAAAGUUGCUAAAAUCCGACUAAAUUUGGGUAAAAAAAGAAAAAUGGUGAAAGUUUACACAAAAACUGAUGGACUAGUUGCUAUUCAUCCUAAAUCCGUUAAUGUGGAGCAAACAGAGUUUCACUACAACUGGCUUAUCUAUCACCUGAAGAUGAGAACAAGUAGCAUAUACUUGUAUGACUGCACAGAAGUUUCUCCAUACUGUCUCUUGUUCUUCGGAGGUGAUAUUUCCAUUCAGAAGGAUAAUGAUCAGGAAACUAUUGCUGUAGAUGAAUGGAUCAUCUUUCAAUCUCCAGCAAGAAUCGCCCAUCUUGUUAAGGAAUUAAGAAAGGAACUAGAUAUCCUUCUGCAAGAGAAGAUUGAAAGUCCCCAUCCUGUAGACUGGAAGGACACUAAAUCCAGAGACUGUGCAGUACUCUCAGCUAUUAUAGACUUGCUCAAAACGCAGGAAAAAGCAACUCCCAGGAACUUGCCACCACGAUUUCAGGAUGGAUAUUACAGCUGACGGCUUUUCUGUGGUGCACUGAAAAGCCAGUUUGAUAGCCAUUUUCCAUCAUGGUUUAACUUUUGGCUAGAUGUCAAACCCCAGGACAUGAGUAAUUUUCAUGUGUAAGGUAGAAACCUUCAGUAGGUAGUAAAUGAAGACUUAAUGUGCAUGAAUUAACAAUGUCAUCUGUAGCUAUUAUAAAUAUACCAUAAAAAACAGUUACUCUGUAGUGGUCAUGUCCACAUUUUGAGAGUAUUCCUCUUAUAUAUUUUGAAUGUUGUACCACUUGAGAAAUUCCUUUGUUCUGUUAUGAAAUAUUAAUCUCUCUGCCCAUAAUGACUGAGUAUAGAAUCAGUAAAAAUAGAAUGGUUAGCCAAAAAGCAGUAUCAAAUAAGAAUUUGAACACAUCCACAUCUCCUCUAAUGAAACUUCUAUCAGAAGUAAAUUAAUUUGUUGUAAUAAAGCCCAGUAUUUAAUAAAAUGUACAGUGUGUAAAUCUCAGCUAGCUUUUUGGGUUGCUUUCUGCAUCUCCACCUAUCCCUUGGUUUAUCUGAUGGUUUUUUAUCUUAGAAUAUAUUUGCACCACUUUUACAUCACCCUGUGCAGUGUAAUGUAGCAAUUGAGAGCAUGGGUCUAGAGCCUAUCUAAGUUCAGAUUUUAGCUCCGUCACGUACCACAUAUCUUAGGCAAAUUACUUGGCUUCUCUGUUUCCUUUUCCUUAUCUGUAAAAUACAGGUAACAGUUAUGAGGAUUAAAUAUGUUAUCAUAUGUAAAGUGCAUAGACUAGUGUCUGGCAUGUAUUGUGUACUAAGUUAUAGUUAUUAUUUGAAAUAUUUUUUUAAUAACAAUCCAUUAUGUUAAGACUUUUCUUCCCCAUGCUCUGAGUGCUAUUUUACCCUCUCAGCCAGUGGAAGCUAGUGUGACGUGUACUGUAUGUUUUCAGCCCUGUCAGAUUUUGACAAAUACUCUUGGUUGCUAUCCAACAGCCAUUUUGUCCCUCCCUUCCUCCUUGCUUGUUCCCAGGGAUGUUGGACCCUCUUCCCCAAGGGUGAAUUGGAUUGUUCUAAGCCAAUCAUGCAUGGUCUUAUUCUCCUUAUAAGUAACUGAUGAGGCAUGAAUAUGUGAACCUGUCCUGGCUGAUGGCAGCUGAGAAGAGAUCUGCACGGGGGCAUCUGAGAAGAUUUUCCUUACUAAUAAGACUUAAAGAAGGAAAUUCUGUGCUCCUCCUUUGGAUCUUGUUUUGUCUGACUCUGGCACUUGGAACUGCUGCAACCCUCUUAGGAUCACAAGGUUGGCUCAGCGGGCAGGUGGAAAUCACCAGAGUCCUUGAUAAUGCUAGUGAGCUGUUGAAUUAUCCAAACUCUGCAACUGCCCUGCACAUGGACUUAUUCUGACAUAAUAAACCCUUCUUUGUUUUAGCCACUUUUAGUAGGGUCUUUUGUAUAACUUGGCAGAAGGGUAUUAACUGAAACACAUACUAUCCAAUGUUGAGUGUUGUUUGCUGAGGCUUCUAUCACUUAUUUUGUGAUCUAACAGUUUGACCCUGUGUCUGAGAAAAGUUGUAGUACUGGAAAUACUGCAAAAAGAGACAUAGGAAGAACAUCCUGCUGCACCCUAAAAACUACAGAUUUUAUUGUGCCUUCCAAAGAAGCCAAAGGAAAGGAGUAUCAUAUGAUGACUGGGAUUGAUUGAUAAUUCUAUGAUGAUCUUAACAGCACUGGUUCAGGUACUGCUUCCAUUUCUGGGAAUGUAUGUCAACCUAUCAUUGCCUCCUAGGGUUUUGAAUGUAUUUGUGUGGUUCUAAGUCCAUUCUCUUGGCUAGUAUCCCAAAAGUGAUCUGCCUCUCACUGAAUUCUUGUACUGGGUCAUUUUGUGGCAUAUUAGUUUUGCCCCUAAACUGAAGGUGAUCAUUAGGUCCUAUUUGUUCUAUAAGAACGUUUGUUUUUAUGUUUGUGCCUUUUUUUUUUUUUUUUUUUUUGGCUUGCUUUUACUAUCCAGUUUAAAUUCAGUCAGUUGGCCAAAACGGUCUUGGCAGAAAGCAUUUUAAAAAUCUGUAAAAACAGAUUACUAGUUAAUUGGCUCCACGUUCAUAGACAAAUAUUUAAUCUCCAUAAAUGGGGAAAAUGUUUCUGCAGAACUGUUUAAUAGAUGAGCUAUUCAGAGAGAUCAAAGGAGUUAUUAUCACCUCCAAUUUAUGUCUUCUCUAUAGCCAGUCAAGAUGGAAAUUUUGCCUGAAGGUGCUAUUUAUGUUUUUCUUUUGUUUACAGAAUAGGGUGUUACUUAGUGAAAAAUGUAUUCCAGGUCUCAGAACUAUCUGUUAUUUGGUAGUUUUAAAGAAUAAGAUACUAAAUUACGAAGAAAACUAUUUGCCUCACCAUUCUGAGUGAUACCAAGGAUAACUCUUUAAAAAAAUGACCCUGAAACAGAAACUUACAGAAAAAAAAAAACGAAAGAAAUAAACUACUGGAUAAUAUUUAAGAAGUGUCUUUGAAAAGUGAGUCCAUGUGACACCUUCCUAAUUUAUUAACUUGGGCAAAAGCUCUAGAUACAUUUAUACCAAUAUUGCAAGUGAUUUUCACUUCUUCAUUUUUAAAACAAGGUCCACCCUACAAGUUAGAAAUCAUAGAAGAGCUAUAGGAAGAAUUUAUUUUAGUACUCCAUUACCCAAAGUAAAUGGUAAUUUUCCUUCCCCUCUUUUAGCUCUGAGUUUGUGUAUAUUUUUAAGUAACUGUGAUCAUGUAGUAUAAUCAUAUAUUUAUAAUAUGCUAAUUGUUUCUAAAUGGCAUUUUUAUUCUGAUUUUAAAAAUACAUAUUCAUUAUAGAGUAUCUGGAAGUGCAACAUAUUUAAAAAAAAAGGUUACCGCUGUUACAAACUCUUUUUUAAUAAGCUUUAAGAUAUUAUUUUAUAUGUAAUAAAGUUACCCAAGUGUAAUUCUGUGAAUUUUGUCAAAUGUAUAAAGUCAUGUAAUUGCUAUCACCACAAUCUUGAUAUAGAACAUUCCUGUCACCUAAGAAUCUCCCUUUUUCCCCUUACAGUCAAUCCCUUGCUCCCACUGGCAACCAUUUGGUCACUAGUUUUGCCUUUUCUAGAAUUUCAAAUAAAUGGAACCAUAUGUA